UGGAGGGGGCCGGGGAGCCGAGCCGGCCGGGGGAGGCGCCGGCAGCCGGCUCCUCCUUUGCGCACGUGUCUGCCGCGGGGCCUCCGGAACCACCAACGACCCCCACUCCCCAGGUGCCGCUGCUGGGGCCCGCAGGGGCGGGCUGGAGCCACAGCGGCUCCAGCCUGCGCGAUCCGCCGCCGCCGGUGCGGCUGCAGCGCGGAGCCGCUCGAGCAGCUGCCCGUCACGCGGUGCGAGAGGCGCGGGGAAUCCUCGCUGCGGCGCUCGCUCCCAGGCGCCGCUGUUUCCAGUGCGGGCCAUCGCCUCUGGGGCAGCGAGCUGUGCCCGUGAAGUUCAUUCAAUGGACUUGCCACCGCUCAGCCCCGUUAGAGCCGGCCGCUGACUGCCUGGACACGUUUGUCCCUUUCUGUUUGUGACCUGUCGGCAGACCGGCUUGCCUCUCAAAGCCCUUCCUUGUUCCCAGCGGCCUGGCUUCUGCCAGCAGUGCCUGGUCUGGCGCUCACAAGCAGAUCGUUGUAGUGCAGGAAAGAGCUUGCAGAGACAUGGAUACAAACUUCUCCUACCUAAAUUGAAACAGUAGGACAGCCUCAGGCUUAUGCUUCUACUCUUCUCAAAGCUUGCAUUUGGACAAUGAAAAAACAAGUCCAUUCUUAUUAGGGUGAAGGGUAAGAGCCCCAGCCAAGAAAUGGCACUUUUAUGGCCCUUGUAUUCAAAUUCUACUUUGGUCAUUGGCCUGCUGUGUCCUUAAGCAAGUCAAAAGUCAUGCCCUGUCUUUCUGGUCUCUGAAGUGGGGCAUUAGUCCUUAUUUUGCAGGAGGGUCUUGUGGCUUAAUCAUUCAGUAUUUGGAGAGUCCUUUGAGGUCCUUGGCUGGAAGACACUGUUUUAGGUAUACAUAUCACGACAUCUUACCUGUCAUUGGAGAUUUCGUAUUCCAUAGUAAGCAAUAAGCAAGUGUGAAACAUGAGGACAAAUCCCGCCAUUCAGGCUGCCAUUGACCUCACAGCAGGUGCAGCAGGUGGGACUGCAUGUGUGCUAACUGGCCAGCCCUUUGAUACCGCUAAGGUGAAGAUGCAGACAUUUCCCAGCAUGUAUAAAGGACUCAUUGAAUGUAUUGUGAAGACAUAUAAACAAGUUGGAUUGCGAGGCUUCUACAAAGGGACCACCCCGGCACUUGUAGCCAACAUAGCAGAAAACUCAGUCCUAUUCAUGUGCUAUGGGUUUUGCCAGCAGAUUGUGAGGGGCAUUGUUGGAUUAGACAGGAAAGCAAAACUGAGUGAUCUGCAGAAUGCAGCUUCAGGCUCUUUUGCUUCUGCAUUUGCUGCCCUGGUCCUAUGUCCCACAGAGCUGGUGAAGUGUCGGUUGCAGACCAUGCAUGAAAUGCAGUUAUCUGGAAAGAUAGCAAAAGGACACAAUACAGUUUGGUCAGUAAUGAAAAGUGUUAUUCAAAAGGAUGGCCCACUCGGGUUCUACCAUGGUCUGUCAAGCACUUUACUUCGGGAAGUCCCAGGUUAUUUCUUCUUCUUUGGAGGCUAUGAACUGAGUCGGACAUUUUUUGCAGCGGAGAGACCAAAAGAUCAACUAGGCCCUAUUCCUUUGAUGGUGAGUGGUGGUUUUGGAGGCAUCUGCUUGUGGAUUGCUGUUUAUCCUGUGGACUGUGUCAAAUCUAGAAUUCAGGUUCUUUCCAUGUCUGGAAAACAGGCGGGCUUCAUGGGAACAUUUGCAAAUAUUUUGCGAAAUGAAGGAGUAUUUGCUUUGUAUUCUGGACUAAAGCCUACUUUAAUUCGUGCAUUCCCAGCCAAUGGUGCACUAUUCCUUGCCUAUGAGUACAGCCGCAAGAUGAUGAUGGAACAGGUUGACACGUACUGAAAUCUUCCAGCAGCAGGUUUAGGUUAACCUUUUUAAAAAGAACUGUAGGGCUUGAAUGGAUACAAAACCAAUAGGGUGACAUCAUGAUUUGAGAAACUCAGUCAAUUUAGGAUUUUAAAAAAUCUUUUUAAAGUAAAUGGAUUUUGUAGACCUUGUAUUUGUGUUUACAGGUUUUUUGUUUUUUUUUUAAGGGAGGAUGGAGACAUGUUAAUGUUCUUUCCACCUAUUGUGCUGCUCAAGAGAUAUAAUUAUGUUGCCCUGAUGGAAGCGGUACUCAGUGUAAAGGGCAGUGAUCUUUCAGUUAAGAGAGUUAAUCUCAAAUUUUAAAAAUCUAGUUCUGUAACAUCCAUGGUACAAGAAGCCUGAAUUUCCCUUUUUCAUUGUUAGCAAACACAACUGAUUCAAGGCCACACGGCACUGGUGCAUUAGUAAAAGUAGUGCUACUCUUUUCAUUAUCAAUUUUAGGGCUUGUCUACUCAGGGAGUUACUCUUGAAUAGUUUCAUCUGUGGAUACGCUUAUUCUGGAAUAAAUCUCAUUCCAAAUUAUUUUAAUCCACUUUAGACAGCCUAUCAGGAAUAGUUAGUCUGCUCUAAAUUCACACCGUACGUUAUUCUGGAUUCACUUUCAUGUGUAGGUGAGCCCUUAGUAAGAGUAUUCAAUGGAAACAGUAAGCUGCUUACAUUUUACAGCCAUUUCACCUCUUUGUAAGAGACUGUUAGACUACUGUUUCUUCAAGUACUUUAAUACACAAGGAAAGGUAGAAGAGGGAGGUUUAGUUUCCUGAAGUGUUUCGUUUAAGCAAUGCAUGGCUAAUACUUACACUAUUUUAGUAGUGGAAUUGUACAAAUUCAUUAACUCUGCCUUCAGUAGUUUCACCAGUAAUGUGAAAACAUUAAAGUAACUGGAACAGAA